UCAAAGGCUAUUUGUAGCGUCCAAAGAGAAGACUUGGUGACUUCUGCAUGUCUUCUUAAAUGCACAUAAACAUUAUCCCCUUCUUUCAACUGCUCCCUUUAGGGGAUUAUUUCCCCAUCUCUCCACCUAACUCUAGCGUCCUCCUCCUCCAUCAACCUUCUGCAUCUCCUCCUUCACUACAUCCAUGACCCUUCCAAACUGCUCAACCUGAUAUUUUAAUUUCUAAUACUGCCCAUCCCGUUCACUCCCAAUGACAAUCUUCAUAUCUUUAACUCUGACACUUCAGGUGAAGCUGGUUCGCCUCCUGUCUUUCUGUCAGUGCCACCAUCUCCAAACCAUACGUCAUAGCAGUCGUUUCCACCUGCUCCACCCACUCUGCACUCUCUACUUCACCUGUCUUCUGCACUGUGUUGCCUCGGAUGCUUGAUCCCGGGUAUUUAACCUCAUCCGCCUUCACAACAUCUACAUCUAGUAUUUUAUUACAUCUACAUCACAUUUUAUUAAUGUUACAAUUCAUCCAUUUUGCGUAUUUAAUCAGAUGGGACCACACUUCAGAACAACAAACUCUUUCAGCAAAAACCCUUUAAUCACCUUUCGGUUUCAAGGUUAUUCCUCCAGUCCGCCAUUCCUGCAGUGGACUUCCUGCGUGCCUUUUAUCGCCGUUGUCACAUUUUAUAGUGCUUUAUUGUUGUUGCUGUUUAGCAUUAAAAAACAAAACAAGCACUUAUUUUCGAGUGCACAUGAUGUUCGUUUAAGCGCAAAGUCAGUCCCACUUUCCACACCCCCUUCUUCUUUGCGAGCACUUUCACCCAGGAACUCGAUAUGCUCAAAUUAUAGACCUCGAGCUCCCUGCAAGAGUUGGGGGAGGCGGAGUUAAGACCGGACAGCGGCACCGAGGAGCUACUUCGUCGUUGUUUCUCUUGGAAAAGGAGGCAGAGCGGGGUUAUGGGAGGAGGAUUUGACCGACGUCGGAUUAUCAGAGAUUAGCAGACUAGCAGUGCAGCAGCAGUGCCCGGCGCACAGACUUGGGAGUGGCACUUUACUUUCUUCACUAUGGCCGAGACUAAGGGGAAAUUUGACUUUGCCAUCGACCGGGGUGGCACCUUCACCGAUGUGUUCGCCCGGCUGCCCGAUGGUUGUGAGAGAGUCCUUAAGCUGCUGUCCCGAGACCCCCAGAACUACAAAGAUGCUCCCACUGAGGGGAUCCGCAGAAUCUUGGAGGAGGAAACAGGGAAGGCGUAUCCCCGCGAUCAGCCUGUAGACACUUCUCUGAUUGGCUGGAUCAGAAUGGGCACUACGGUAGCAACCAACGCGCUGCUGGAGAGGGAGGGAGAAAGGACGGCGCUCCUGGUCACAAAGGGAUUCAAGGACCUGCUGCACAUUGGCACUCAGGCCAGGCCAAAGCUGUUUGACUUGGAGGUCGCGGUGCCUGACGUCCUGUACGAGGAGGUGAUCGAGGUGGACGAGCGAGUCGUCCUCAGGCAAGAUGGUUGUCAGCUGCCCAGAAAAGAUCCCGAACGGAUUGUCACAGGCGGUACUGGGGAUUCCCUUGAGGUGUGGAAGGAGUUAGACUUGGAGCAAGUAGAAAAGGACCUGAGAGGAGUUUUGGCCCGUGGUAUCACCAGUCUGGCUGUCCUUCUUCUGCACUCGUACACAUGGUCCGAGCAUGAGAAAGCAGUGGGCUCUCUGGCUCGUCGCUUGGGCUUCAGCCAGGUGUCUCUUUCCAGUGAGGUCAUGCCGAUGGUGCGGGCGGUGCCUCGAGGAUAUACAGUCUGCGCCGAUGCCUACCUCACACCCAAAAUUCACCAGUAUCUAAAAGGUUUCACCUCGGGCUUCAAGGAUGGCCUGAAGGAUGUAGAUGUGUUGUUCAUGCAGUCAGAUGGAGGCUUGACUCCCAUGGAGCAGUUCUGCGGUUCACGGGCUAUUCUAUCCGGCCCGGCGGGAGGUGUGGUGGGAUACGCCAUCACCUCUUACAGCCAGAUGGAGAAAAAGCCUGUGAUUGGCUUUGACAUGGGCGGAACGUCCACAGAUGUGAGUCGGUAUGCAGGCCAGUAUGAGCAUGUGUUUGAGGCUACCACAGCUGGAGUCACCCUGCAAGCACCUCAGCUGGACAUCAACACUGUGGCUGCAGGCGGAGGAUCGCGACUGUUUUUCAGAUCAGGGAUGUUUGUAGUUGGACCAGAGUCUGCAGGAGCACAUCCAGGACCAGCCUGCUACAGAAAAGGUGGACCUCUGACUGUGACAGAUGCUAACUUAGCCCUGGGUCGUCUCAUCCCUUCCUUCUUCCCAAAGAUCUUCGGGCCCAAAGAGAAUGAGCCUUUGUCCCUGGAAGAGACCACGAAGCAUUUCCGUCAACUCACUGAAGAGAUCAACGUCUUCCUGUCUUCAAACCAAUCACAGGCUGAUGCUAAUGGGGCCAACCACUCACACAGCAGACAAUCAGAGAUGAGCAUGGAAGCGGUUGCCAUGGGAUUCAUUCGUGUCGCCAAUGAGGCAAUGUGCCGGCCAAUCAGAGCUCUCACACAGGCCAAAGGCCACGAUACAUCUCAGCAUGUGUUGGCGUGUUUCGGGGGGGCAGGCGGUCAACAUGCGUGUGCGAUUGCCCGCUCUCUUGGAAUGAAGACUGUCUUUAUACAUAAGUACAGCGGCGUGCUGUCAGCGUACGGUCUGGCUCUAGCAGAUGUGGUGGAGGAGGUGCAGGAGCCGUGCUCUCUGCAGUACGAGCCGGCGUCCUUCAGUGAGCUUGAUCAAAGGGUUGAGCAGCUAUCCAAACGCUGCCACGAUACACUCCGUGCACGAGGCUUCACCAGCGGUCAGAUAACCACCGAGGUUUUCCUCCACAUGCGUUACGAGGGCACGGACUGCGCUCUCAUGGUUACCGCUGCCGGAUACCCCAGCAACGCCCGGUCCUGUCGAGCCGGAGACUUUCGCAGUGCCUUCACCAAACGUUAUCUGAAGGAGUUCGGGUUCACCAUCCCAGACAGACCCAUCAUGGUGGAUGACAUCAGAGUGAGGGGUUGUGGGCAAUCUGGUAUUACAUCAGUUUACAAAGCAGAAAUGGGACACAGACAGGCCAAACCAGCCACGAUAACCAAGUGUUACUUCGAGGGUGGUUACGUCGACACCAGUGUGUAUCUAUGGGAGGAGCUGCCGUGUGGUCACAGCAUCCAGGGACCAGCCAUCAUCAUUGACAAAAACAGCACCAUCCUGGUGGAGCCCUGUUGUGAGGCUCGUCUGACAGAAGGUGGUGACGUUUGCGUGACGGUAGGCUCAGACCCUCACUGCGCCCUCGGCACUGAGCUCAACACAGUGCAGCUCUCCAUCUUCUCCCAUCGCUUCAUGAGCAUCGCGGAGCAGAUGGGCAGAGUUCUGCAAAGAACCUCCAUCUCCACGAACAUCAAGGAGCGACUUGACUUCUCCUGUGCUGUGUUUGGACAGGAUGGAGGUCUGGUGUCCAACGCACCUCACAUCCCCGUCCACCUGGGAGCCAUGCAGGAGACUGUCCAGUACCAGCUCAGAUCACUUGGGAAUAAGCUCAAAGAAGGGGAUGUGAUUUUGAGUAACCACCCAUCUGCUGGGGGCAGCCAUCUCCCAGACCUCACAGUGAUCACACCGGUGUUUAGAAAAGGAGUGAGCGGCCCUGUGUUCUUUGUGGCCAGCAGGGGGCACCACGCCGACAUAGGUGGCAUCACUCCAGGCUCCAUGCCACCCCAUUCCACUUCCCUUCAGCAGGAGGGCGCUGUCUUCACUUCCUUUAAGCUUGUCACUGGUGGGGUCUUCCAGGAAGAAGCUGUAACUGAAGCUCUGAUAGCUCCAGCCCAAUACCCAGGCUGCUCUGGGACUCGAAAUCUCCAUGACAACCUGUCAGACCUGCGGGCUCAGGUGGCGGCCAAUCAGAGAGGGAGCCAGCUGGUGGGAGAGCUGAUUGACAGUUAUGGACUUGCUGUGGUUCAGGCCUACAUGGGAUACAUCCAGAGCAACGCAGAACUGGCAGUGAGGGACAUGCUGAGAGACUUUGCACGGCGGCGGCGGCGGCGGCAGGAGACGGGCUCCUUGGAGGUGGAGUCAGAGGAUUUCAUGGACGACGGAACACCAAUCAGACUGCGGGUUCAGAUUAAUGAAGAAGAGGGCAGUGCGGUGUUUGACUUCACAGGGACAGGAACAGAGGUGUGGGGGAACUGCAACGCUCCACGGGCCAUCACCCUGUCUGCUCUUAUCUACUGCCUGCGCUGCAUGGUUGGACAGGACAUCCCCCUCAAUCAGGGUUGCCUCGCACCCAUCAAUGUCAUCAUCCCUCCUGGGUCCAUCCUCCAGCCUUCCCAGAAUGCAGCUGUGGUUGGAGGAAACGUGCUCACAUCCCAGAGAGUGGUUGAUGUGAUUUUUAAGGCGUUUGAGGUGUGCGCUGCCUCACAGGGCUGUAUGAACAACAUUUCAUUUGGAAGUGAGAAAAUUGGUUAUUAUGAGACAGUUGCUGGAGGAGCUGGGGCAGGGCCGGGCUGGAACGGGCGGAGUGGAGUUCAUACUCACAUGACAAACACCCGCAUCACUGACCCAGAGAUUCUGGAGAAGAGGUAUCCAGUGGUUUUAGAGCAGUUCUCUCUCCGGCCCGGCUCAGGGGGUGCAGGGAAGUACUGCGGUGGAGACGGUGUGAUUCGUAAACUUCUGUUCAGGAACAAGGUUGUUCUGUCCGUACUGACAGAGAGGCGAUCCACUCGCCCCUAUGGCCUCCGGGGGGGAGAUGAUGGUGUAGCAGGGCUGAACCUCCUCCACAGAGCUGAAGGCAGAGUCCUCAACCUGGGAGCCAAGACCAGUGUCAGCCUUGACCCCGGGGACAUGUUCUGCCUCUACACCCCUGGAGGAGGUGGAUAUGGAAAAGAAGAGGAAGCAAACAAUAGGCCUCAGACCAAGCGAAGGCGCUUGAAUGAGACAUUCUCCGAGAGGGGUAGCAUCUUUGAAUACAGAAUGGCACAAGAGGGAGUGUGAAAAGACGUGAGAAAAGGAGGAAGAUGUCCGUGUUUAAAAGAUGCAGCACAUGUGGCGUGUUACACAGACAGACUGUGCUUACAUUUGCAGGGAAGUUGGCUAAAUACUAAUAACUCAGGCUGGGUCUGUCCUCACCAGACUAAAUAUGGCAUCAAAGGACCUUUGUAACGGACAUACAGUUGUUAUAUGUCGCAUAUCCAUCGCUCUGUUCUUAUACUGAAUCUACUCAGUAGUUUUAAUGUUUAGUUCCAUUUGAUGCUUUUUCAAAAAGCAUUAAUUUAGACCUCAAAGAGUCUUUUUUUUGUCUAAUAUCGAUUUCAAGAUGUUUUUCUUGUCCUAACAAAUCAGACAAAUAAACUCUAUUUCUACUAAAAAGAUUUUUUUUGCACCAUAGCAGUCACACACACACAGAUUUACUCAAAAUUUCAAAUGACACGACAUUGUGUCGCACAAACUUCACUCAUGAGGACAGUUUAAGCUUCAAAUGCAUUGAAACUAAACUGAAUUGUGAUCCAGGCACGUGCAGGCUCAAAUUAUUUGACCUGGAUCAUGGAUAGUUAAUGAAAAUAGUUUGAUUAGGAUGACUUCUGACAUGCCACAAAAAAAAUCCCAGGAUUGUUGAAUGUGUUGGUGCGGGGUGGGGGCUUGUCCCUGUUUAAAGUGUUGUCCCCUCCUCCCAUCUCUGGGUCAGGAAUGAUCGUGGAGCAGAGCAGGAAGGAUAGUGAGGGAGUGCAGGCAUGCGUAUGCAGCAGAUAAAGAGAUAGUGGUCACUGCAGGGGAGGCAGCAGGAGGCUGACGGCUGCUGGACGAUUGAUGCAAAUCAGCUGUGUGUGUGUGUGUGU